ACGAAAACUCGCAAUAUAGAAUUAUUGCAGCGGGAGUGCCUCAGGGGUCUAUUCUGGGCCCAGUUUUAUUUAUUUAUUAUAUUAAUGACAUUCCUUUAGACAAGAAUACGAAAAUUUCAAUAUUCGCAGAUGACACAGCUGUUUUUUCCUCUUCAUGGAAAAAAUAUAAAGCGACAGAAUACAUACAAAAACACCUGAAUACACUCCUGAGGUACUACCACAGAUGGAAAUUGAAAAUUAAUGCCAGUAAAACUGAGUUCAUUGUAUUUAGUAAAAGAAAAAAGGAAAAGAAUGAAAGUGAAAUUAAAAUUACAAUAGAUGGUGUAAAUAUUGAAAUGUGUGAUAGUGUUAAGUAUCUUGGCCUUACAAUGGAUCAUAAACUAAAUUAUAGAACACACAUCGAUAAUGCUUGCACUAAGGGGCAAAAGGUUACAGGACUAUUAAAUAGCCUAUUAAAUAGAAAGAUUGUCCCUCGAACUCUCAACUUCGAAGCAAUGGCUCGUACUAAACAAACCGCGCGCAAAUCCACUGGUGGUAAGGCACCAAGGAAACAACUCGCCACCAAGGCCGCUCGUAAGAGUGCGCCUGCAACCGGUGGAGUGAAGAAGCCCCAUCGCUACAGGCCCGGAACCGUCGCUCUCCGUGAGAUCCGUCGCUACCAGAAGAGCACCGAGCUCCUCAUCCGCAAACUGCCCUUCCAACGUUUAGUCCGUGAAAUCGCUCAGGACUUUAAGACCGACCUGCGCUUCCAGAGCUCCGCCGUGAUGGCCCUCCAGGAGGCCAGCGAGGCCUACCUCGUCGGUCUCUUCGAAGACACCAACUUGUGCGCCAUCCACGCAAUGACUGGUCGCGGAAAGGGAGGAAAGGGAUUGGGAAAAGGAGGAGCAAAGCGCCAUCGUAAAGUGUUGCGUGAUAACAUCCAAGGUAUCACCAAGCCCGCCAUCCGUCGUUUGGCUCGUCGUGGUGGAGUGAAACGUAUCUCAGGAUUGAUUUACGAAGAGACCCGUGGUGUCUUGAAAGUGUUCCUUGAGAACGUGAUCCGUGACGCCGUCACUUACACCGAACACGCCAAGAGGAAGACUGUCACCGCCAUGGACGUCGUCUAUGCUCUCAAACGUCAAGGCCGCACCCUUUACGGUUUCGGCGGUUAAUUUUCAUAUUCAUCAUCGUCAUCAUUCAAAACAAUCGGCCCUUUUCAGGGC